GCCAAGCGUGAAGAAUGGGUCUCCUUUGGACUGGUACCUGGAUUCUGGUGCUGGUACUCUACAACAGUCCAGUUCAAGCUUUCCCCAAGCCAGGAGGCAGCCAAGAAAAAUCUGUGCAUAAUAGAGAAUUAAGUGCAGAAAGACCUUUGAGUGAACAGAUUGCUGAAGCAGAAGCAGAUAAGAUUAAAAAAACAUACCCUCCAGAAAACAAUGCAGGAGAAAGCAAUUAUUCCUUUGCUGAUAACCUGAGCCUGAUAAAGGCAAUUACAGAGACGCAAAAAAUUGAGAAAGAAAAGCAAUCCACAAGAAGCUCCUCAUAUGAUAAUAAAUUGAACGUGGAAGAUGUUGAUUCAACCAAGAAUCGAAGAUUAAUUGAUGAUUAUGAUUCUACCAAGAGUGGACUGGAUCAUAAAAUUCAAGAUGAUCCAGAUGGCCUUCGCCAACUAGAUGGCACUCCCCUAACUGCUGAAGACAUUGUUCAAAAAAUUGCUGCCAGAAUUUAUGAGGAAAAUGACCGAGGAGUGUUUGACAAGAUUGUUUCUAAACUGCUGAAUCUUGGCCUAAUCACAGAAAGCCAGGCACACACACUGGAAGAUGAAGUAGCAGAAGCUUUACAAAAACUAAUCUCAAAGGAAGCCAACCAUUAUGAGGAGUUGUCUAAUAACCCCACAAGCAGAACUGAGAACCAGGCUGGAAAAAUACCAGAAAAAGAGACUCCACCAGUAACAUUUCAAGAUGGUUUUGCUAAUGGAGAAAAGGAUGAAACUGUAUCCAACACCUUAACUUUGACAAAUGGCUUAGAAAGGAGAACUAAAACCUAUGGAGAAGAGAGCUUUGAGGAACUCCAGUAUUUCCCCAACUUCUAUGCAUUACUGAAAAGUAUUGAUUCAGAAAAAGAGGCAAAGGAGAAAGAAACACUAAUUACUAUCAUGAAAACACUGAUUGACUUUGUGAAGAUGAUGGUAAAAUAUGGCACAAUAUCUCCAGAAGAAGGCGUUUCCUACCUUGAAAACUUGGAUGAAAUGAUUGCUUUUCAGACCAAGAACAAGCUAGAAAAAAAUGCUACUGACAACAAAAACAAACUUUUACCAGUGCCAUCUGAGAAGAGCCAUGAAGAGACAGAUAGUACCAAGGAAGAAGCAGCUAAAAUGGAAAAGGAGUAUGGGACCUUGAAAGACUCUACAAAAGAGGAUAACUUCAACCCAGGAGGAAAGACAAAAGAAUUAAAAGGGAAGACAGAAGCCUAUUUGGAAGCCAUCAGGAAAAAUAUUGAAUGGUUGAAGAAACAUGACAAAAAAGGAAAUAAAGAAGAUUAUGACCUUUCAAAGAUGAGAGACUUCAUCACCCAACAAGCUGAUGCUUAUGUGGAGAAAGGUAUCCUUGAUAAAGAAGAGGCGGAUGCCAUCAAGCGCAUAUACAGUAGCCUGUGAAAUCGGCAAAGAAGCCCAGGGUCUUCUGACUUUCUCAGAAAACAUAAUAUAGCUUUUAAAACAUUUCUGUGAUUAAAGUUAUCUUGACCUAGGGAUUAUUAGAAAGUGCUAAAUUGCUAGUGAUUAACCUCUUAGAAAUGGUUGAAACGUAUAGCUUUCUUGACAUAGAGACUCUCUGAAAAGUAAAAUCGUAUGUAAACU